UCAACUUGUUAGCUGACUACAUUUUUGUCAUUUCAAAAGAUGAAGGUGAUCCAGCACACUGCAGAGACACUCCACACAGCCUUGGUGUCUAACUCUCAUGAUUUAGCUCAAGUUUACAGCAAGUACACACAAGCAGAAAGGCGUCUUCUGGAGGAAGGAUUCCGCUCCGGGCAGCCGGGUUCCCUUUUCCCGCCCAUCACUGUGCACUCUGACUCAGACUGGAUCGCCGCUCAUCCUGAGGAACCUCAAGAUUUUGAGAGCUUCUACAGAGACCCCUAUCGGAGGACCCCUGAUGCACAUCACAAUACUAUUUACAUUCAAACAAUAGGUUCGUUUGGAGAGGUGGGGGCCCUGACAGACCAGUAUGUGGAGUGGCUCAGAGAUUACUGCCAGGCCUUCUUCUACGGGCUCUCCGUCAAGUUGCUGCCAGCAGUCCCUGUGUCUGAAACGGGAUGCUCUUUCAGGGUUAACAGUAACUCACACAACCUUCAGAUCCGCACCGGUGACCUUCUGCGAUUUCUGGCAAACAAGAAACCAAAAGAUGCUUUUUGUAUUGUUGGAAUCACCAUGAUUGACCUUUACCCUGAAGACUCCUGGAACUUUGUUUUCGGACAGGCUUCGCUCAGUAUGGGUAUGGGUGUUUUCAGCUUUGCCAGAUACGAUGACAACUUCUACAGCAGAAGUUAUGCUGGGAGGCUGAAGAAACGGCUUCAGCCAAGGCAGGGAGACUACUCUGUGUUUGAGGGAUAUUACACUCCACCCAUCACCAGCACUUUGCUGCUUCGAUCCUGCAAGACCAUGACCCACGAGAUUGGCCAUAUGUUUGGAAUAAGACAUUGCCAGUGGUUGAACUGCAUCAUGCAGGGCUCCAACCACCUCGAGGAGUCUGAUCGCAGGCCCUUGGAUUUCUGUCCCAUCUGCCUUCACAAAAUACACGUCUCAGUGGGCUUCAAAAUAGCUCAAAGAUACAAGGCCUUACUGCAGUGGAUGGAGGAGGGUCAGAGUGGAACAUCGGGACCAGUGAAGGCCUCUGCCUCUCAUCCUGCGACACACUUUCCCAAACCCACCCAAGCCUUUCACACAUCCAAACUGUGGCUCCGCAGGUGUUUGGACAUACUGGAAAAAGAAGAACUGUAGCGCCUGCCAAGGAAUCUGUAUAAGGUAUAUGAAGGGGAGGCACAAUUACAUGACGCUCUAAUGUUUCUGUUGAUUUUCGAAGCAGAAUCUUGUCUUAAAAUGAUCUCUAGGCUUACUCUGUGUUGUGUUUGAGGGGUAUUGGCUAUGACAUAUCUUUGAAACAGUUAUAUAUUGAUCAGUAUUGAUUGAAACAUGGGGACAUGAUGGUGACACAUGCUGCGGGAGCCUUUGUUUCCACAAUACAUUAAAAAAUGGUUCUAGUUCAGAUUUUCUCAGCUAUAAAUUUGCACAAUAUAUAAUGUUGAAGGGUCUUAACCUUAACAUUUAUCCUGGUCAGGUAAAUUGUCUUGUUUUUUUUCUAUUGGAAAGCACUUUGGCUCAACACCUGUUAUUUUAAAUAUUAAAAUAACAGUAACAUGCACUUUGUACAUAAAAUGUGAAAUGUUUUCACCUCAGGUCUGCUGGGCUGGGACACUUUAAGAAUGUAUUUAUAUUAGGUGAGUAACUCAUCUAUGAGCUUUCUGUUGGUAUUUCUGGUCGUGACGAUUUGACAAAUACGUGAGCAAUAAAUGGAUACAAACAUAAGCGGUUACACAUAAUUCAGAGGUUGUUGCUUUACUGUGAUUCAACACAUUUUCAUUACAAAAAUAGUCUGACAUCCCAUAUUACAUAACAGUGCAUUGUCAACUUGCUAACAGCUUGAUUAAAAAUGAACACUUU